AUGCCUGUCGACUACAGCGGGACGUGGGACAUUGUCAGAAAUGUCAAUUUUGAGGGAUACAUGGUUGCUCUUGGCAUUGAUUUUGCAACCCGCAAGAUUGCCUCGAUGGUAAAGCCCCAGAAAGUGAUUAAGCAAGACGGAGAUUGCUUCACGGUCAGGACAUCACGAAUCACUACUUUCAGAAAUUACGAGAGUUCAUUCAAAAUUGGUGAAGAGGUCAAAGAGGUGACUAAAGGGAUGGACAACAGGUCAUGCCAGACUGUGGUCAACUGGAGAAAUGAUAAGCUGGUGUGUGUUCAGAAAGGAGAAAAGAAGAACCGAGGGUGGACUCACUGGAUUUAUGGAGAUGAGCUUCAUCUGGAACUUACUUGUGAGGAUCAAGUCUGCAAGCAAAUGUAUAAAAGGACUCUGUGAUCUGGUCAGAUUUCAGAGGAAAGUAACACGAUGUAGUUUAUCACGUCACAUAUAGAGAGCAUCUGG